AUGUUGGAUUCUAAGCUGAGAUUCUUCCUUCAGAAAUGUCUAGUGCUUGAACAGGCGAAGCAAGUCCACGCACAGUUAGUAGUGAACCGCCAUAACCAUCUUGAAUCCAUCUUGAUCCACCAAACUCUUCACUUCACAAAAGACUUCUCUAGAAAUGUCUUCAACUACGCCAAGAGAAUCCUCCAGGGGCUUCAGAUUUCAACUCGGAAGGAUUCUUCUUUCUCCUGGGGAUGUCUCGUCAGGUUCUUGAGCCAGCACAGAAAGUUCAAAGAAACGGUUAGCUUGUACAUGGAAAUGCACAGCUCUGGCAUCUCUCCAAGCUCACACGCUAUAACCUCAGUGUUGAGAGCUUGUGGUAAGACAGAGAACAUGAUUGAUGGUAACUCGAUUCAUGCCCAGGCUCUCAAGACUGGAUUGUGUGGCUGUGUUUAUGUACAGACAGGUCUUGUAGGUUUGUAUUCAAGACUCGGUUACAUUGACAUGGCAAAGAAGGCCUUUGAUGAUAUCUCUGAGAAGAACACUGUUUCUUGGAACUCGCUUUUACAUGGAUAUCUCGAAAGUGGGGAUUUUGAUGAAGCUCGUAGAGUCUUUGACGAGAUUCCAGAGAAAGAUGUGGUCUCAUGGAAUCUAAUCAUCUCCAGCUAUGCUAAAAAGGGUGACAUGAGCAAUGCGUGCUCUUUGUUUCAGGCCAUGCCUUUGAAAAGCUCAGCUUCUUGGAAUAUCUUGAUUGGUGGGUAUGUGAAUUGCAGGGAGAUGAAGCUAGCAAGAACCUACUUUGAUGCAAUGCCACAGAAGAAUAGCGUCUCUUGGAUCACAAUGGUUUCAGGGUACACGAAAUCAGGCGAGGUUGAGUCUGCUGAGGAGCUUUUUAGGCAGAUGUUCAAGAGAGACAAACUCGUUUACGAUGCAAUGAUUGCUUGCUAUGCUCAGAACGGCAAGCCAAAGGAUGCUCUGAAGCUGUUCUCUCAGAUGCUUGAAAGCAGUUCAGAUAUUCAGCCUGAUGAGAUCACGCUGUCGAGUGUUGUAUCAGCUUAUUCACAGUUGGGUGAUACAAGUUUUGGUUCAUGGGUUGAGUCGUAUGUGACAGAGCAUGGAAUCAAGUUUGAUGAUCUUUUAGUGACCUCUCUGAUUGAUCUUUACAUGAAAGGUGGAGACUUUGACAAGGCAUUCAAGUUGUUCAGUAAGCUACACAAGAAGGAUACAGUUUCUUACUCAGCUAUGAUCAUGGGGUGUGGGAUAAACGGAAAGGCCAUGGAAGCUAACACCUUGUUUAAAGAGAUGGUCGAAAAGAAGAUUCUUCCGAAUCUAGUAACCUUCACAGGGCUGUUAUCAGCGUAUAGCCAUUCGGGUCUUGUUCAAGAAGGCUAUAAAUGCUUCAACUCCAUGAAAGACUACAACUUGGAACCUUCAGCUGAUCAUUAUGGGAUCAUGGUGGAUAUGUUGGGACGAGCCGGGAGGCUAGAGGAAGCAUAUGAGCUGAUCAAGAGUAUGCCAAUGCAGGCUAACGCUGGAGUUUGGGGAACGUUGCUUUUAGCUAGUGGGUUACACAACAACGUUGAGUUUGGGGAGAUUGCUUGCAGGCACUGCGUUGAGCUAGAGACGGAUCCUUCCGGUUAUCUUUCGAGACUUGCUAAUAUUUAUACUUCAGUUGGUAGAUGGGACGAUGCAAGGAAGGUUAGAGAAGCUAUGGAAGAGAAGAAACUUCGUAAGACACUUGGGUGUAGCUGGGUUUGA